GGAAGUAUAAAACAGCAAGUAGGGAUUUUGCAAUGAAUUGUGGGAUACAAAAUUCCGUAGUAAGAAAACGCGAUAGAGUGCUUUGAAAUUGAUGGAACCGACAGAGUAUUGAAAUUACAGUGAUUUUUAUAGAAAUAAGACUCGCAUUGGAUUGUUAACGUCUUUUUGCCACAAUGGAUCCAAGGAUUUUGAAGAAAACACAGGACACCUUGGGUAAAAUAAUCAAGAAACCACCGCUUACUGAAAAAUUAUUGAGCAAACCACCGUUCAGAUUUUUACAUGAUGUGAUGACUUCGGUUAUCAAAACAACAGGCUUCAUGAAUGGACUUUUCAAAGAUGAAGAACUAAAUUCAGAAAAUGUGAAGGAUAAGGACAGUAAAAUUGCUUUCCUACAAAAAGCUGUGGACUUUACAUCAAUGGUUGUUGGGAAGUCUUUAUCUGUUAAACCAGCAAAGAUUGUAGCAGGUCAUGAGCCAGAGAAGACCAAUGAGUUUCUACAGAGUUUAGCUGCUGCUAUAAAUAAAGGGGUGGACAAUGAUGAGUAUGUGGCAAAAAUGAAUAAAGGGGGAGGGGAAGGAAAGGAGGAGAAAAGGGACAAGUCAAAGGAGAGCAGUCGGGAAGACCGCAAAAAGAGAGACUCAGAGGAUAAAAAAGACAGAGACAAAAGUGCAAGUAGGGAAAAGAGUAGAGAACGACAUCGAGAUAAAGAGGGGCACAAAGACCGAGAAGAUCGGCAUAAAGACAAGGAGGAUCGUCACAAGGACGAUGAAGAUCGUCAUAGAGAUAAGAGGGAUCGACAUAGGGACAGAGAAAGUCGCCACAAGGACAAAGAUGACAAGGAUAAGGAGGAUCGGCAUAAGGAUAGGGAGGAAAGACACAGAGAUAGGAAGGAAAGGAGAAAGCAUCAGGAUGAAGAAAGUAAAGAAAAUGAUCCAUCACAAAUGAAUGGAGAGAAAGAGGAAGCGCCUACGAAGUUAGCCCGCCCUUCCUCUGCCAAAGGCUCUAGGAGGAGGCGAGAAGGACGUCGACACUCUAGCGAUGAAGAGGAUGAACCUCCGAAGACCUUGCAGGCCUCAGAUGCUGGUGACGACAGCCUACCUCCUCAAGUUUCUGCCUCGAGAUCCCUAGCUCGCCCCAGUAGUGCUCGCCCUGCUCCCCCCAGGCGGAAGCAAGAGGUCAUAGAAAAUGAACCAGCAAUGAGACUGGGCAGUGGUAAGCCUUCCAAUGUGAUUGUGGAUGGAGACAAGGAUUCAGACGAGGAGGAGGAUGAGACAUUUAUGGUGGAGGAGACAGCAGCCCCUCAGGAACAGGAGCAGGCUCCACCCCCACCACAGGAUGAAGAUGAAGAUGAGGAUCAUGGAGGGCUUGUCAAGAAAAUGUUAGAAACCAAGAAGGAACUGGAAUCUGGAAGUCAAGGAAAGAAAACUGAAAUUGAAAGACCAAAGAUCAGUGAUGCACAGCGCAUGAAGCAGAGACAGCAGGUCCAGAAGGAAAUAGACAAGUUAAGGGUCAGUAUUCAGACUCUGACCCGCAGUGCUAACCCCCUGGGUAAGGUAAUGGACUACGUUCAGGAAGAUCUGGAUUCCAUGCAGAAGGAGUUACAGAGAUGGAAACAAGAAAACAAGGAGCAUGCCUUGGAGCUGAAGAGGGAAAGGAGUAUCACAGAUAAAGCUAUUGAACCUCUGAGAGCUCAACUUACAGAAGUGGAUCAGGCCAUUAAGGAUCAACUAGAUCUCAUUGCUGCUGUGAAAUCGAACAUCAUCCGAAAUGACCAGAAAAUCGACAAAAUGCUCCGAAGUAUAGCCAAGUCUUGAUCGACCUCUGCUGUAAAUUCUCCAUCAGAGUGCAUGCGAAUGUAGAAGUCUCAGCAUUUUUUCUCAAUUUAAUUGUAUUUACAGACUGUGAUGGGUUGUCAAAAAUCUACGUGUAUGAGAGCUUCAGAGUGCCUGUGUGAAUGUGGUAUUAUUGGAACAUGAGGAGAGUGAUAUUAGGACAGGUGUGUAAUGGCUUUGAAGUUCAGGGUUUUUAGAUAGGAUAGGAUAGUGAUUGUUAGGAUGUCUUGGAUGUUUCAGUCACUGCCUAUUUUGCUUAAUAUAUUUUGUAUGAAUGAGCCUGCAUGCAAGGAAAAACGAAGGAGAACAUGUUAUUUAUGUGAGAGAGGGGUUAAACAAUUCUGCACUUAUUUUUGCUUUCCAUUUUUGAUGUAUUUCUGAUGAUUUAUUCAUUUCAGAAAUACCCUUUAUCAUUAUAUGUAUGUACACUGUUUUCAAGGCAGUAGAAACUGGUCUUACAGUUUUUCCAUGUUUGCACUUUUAAUGGUAUAAACCUCACAAUUUAUGUUCAGAACCCAAACAGUCAAGAUAACAAUGUUGUCUUGUACAUUUUGUGUGGAUAUCAGUGUGUACAAGUCAUAUAAGAAAAUAUAUCUAUGAUAGAAUAAAGAAUCGUUCAAACCUGAUAAAACUGAACAUGAGCAAAACUUCAUACAUAUAACUAUUUUCCAGAAAUAUAAAAAGUCCUUAAAAGUUUACCAUUCCUAUAUCUUUCUUGCAUAGUAUGACCACAUCACACAAGGUUUGAGAAACCUUUUAAGAUUUCAGUUUUUCCCUCUACGUUAAAUUGAAGUAAAUGAACGUUUUUACAAUGAGAUGAAAUUCAACAUGACUAUCAGAAGUAGAGAUCUGAGAAAGGGGGUGGUGUUCAUGAAAUUAAGGAUGAAAGUUCAGAGUCUACCCUUUGAUUUUGUUAUCAACUGAAAGGGUCUGGCCCAGAAGUCAGUUGGUUAUCAUCUGGGUUUUUUCUUUGAUCUGAACUUGUUCCCUAUUCUUUGUCAGUUUUACAUUUUAUCUUAAUUUUUAUUUGUUUUAAUCUUAUAUUUUUAUUUGUAUUAUUUCCAUGGUUCCACCAUUAAAUUUGUAAAGGACUAGGUGCUUCUCAGACAUGUAUUUAGAAAUACAGUGAAAUAGCAGGUGUAUAGUAGACAUAUCAUAAUUAAUUUCUCUUCAUUGUCUUAUUUGGGGUGGGGGGUGUUGUGUUGUGUUGUUGUGUAUACAUAUAUGUAUGUACCUGUAUGCUAUUACAGAUUGAAAUUAUUAAGAAAUGAUCGUCUUCACCACUGUUGAAAUCUACUUGGUUGCUGAAUCAUAAUCAUGAAUUUCCUGUCAUUGUAUAUAAACAUGUCAGUUUCUUUUGUGAAUGCAUUUCAAUGCAGGAUUUAUGACCAAUCUUUUUCUUUUAUACAAUUUUUUUCUGGUUCUGAUUUAUUUAUAUGAUUUAUUGAUGUUAGCUGGAGUAGUAAGACUUCACAGAUUAGUGGGUACAAUUUCAUUAUGUCGGAUCUUGCACACUGUAAAGGUACAAUGCAAGUUUCACUUUCAACUUAAAAAAAAACGUUAAAAGAUAUUAAUAUAAAUACAGCCGACUGUAGAGGAAAGCAGAUGUAAAAGAUAGGAACAGUUUAAACUUUCUGUCACGUGUCCUGUUACAAUUUGUGUAUAUUGAUGUGUUGAUAUGUUGUGCUACAUGUAGAGAUGAUAAUUAUUACAGUUGUUAGAUAUUGGAAAGCUGUUGGGGUUUUUCAAACUGUUUCCGUCCAGGUCAUUUUAGAAGACUUGUUUUCUGGUCUUGAAAUUUAAUAAAAUGUUUUCAAAUACAGUU